GUACCAUCUACGAAUUCUUCAUAAUGAUUGCAAGGACCGCCGUCGUUCUGGCCCUUGUGGCUGUCGCCGCUGCUUCUCCCUCACAGCCCGCCUACGGCUACACCCCUGAACCGAAAUACGAGGAACCUGCCAAGUAUGACUUUAACUAUGCCGUUAAGGACGAAUAUUCCGGCAACGACUUCGGUCACCAGGAGGCCCGUGACGGUUACGACACCCAAGGAUCCUACUACGUCCUCCUUCCCGACGGCCGUCUGCAGAAAGUCACCUACACUGUCAACGGCGACUCCGGUUACGUGGCUGAGGUCAGUUACGAGGGAGAGGCCCAGUACCCUGAGUACAAGCCUGCUCCAGCUUACAAACCUGCUCCAGCCUACAAGCCUGCUCCUUCCUACAAGCCCGCUCCUGCAUACAACCCAACCCCUGCCUACGCCUAAUAAGCUUUUUGUACACUCGUAAUUUAUUUUUGUCAAUAAAAAAUUAUGUAAAA